AUGUCGUCAGAAGAGGCAGUACUUGCAGAGUUGAAGAAUAUCUAUAACCCGGAUAAUCUUAAAAAGAAUGCGUUUUUUCGCGAGUUAAUGGAACAAGAUCCCGAAAGAUGGAUUAGCUUGAAAAAAAUCUCGGUGAUCAAGGCAAUGAAGCCCCUGGUCAACGGCGACAUUAACUUGUUGAUCCGUGCUGCCGAAAGCUCUGACGGCGAAUUUGAAAUCAACGAGCAAAAGACCAAGCUCCGUAAUAGCACCAUGCCCGAGGAAGAAGAAAAGGCUUCGGCAGAAGAACAAGUUGAAAAGUUCGAAGACCAUUUAAUGACGGUGAACAAAAAGUCUAUUUACGCAAAAGGAUUUUCAGAAGACAGUGAGCCGAGCCGAAAAGAUUUGGGUGCCUUGUUUGCACCUUUUGGGCGCGUCAUGCAUAUCAAAUAUCGCCGCGACGAUGAGAAGAAGUUCAAGGGAAGUGUUUUUGUUGAAUUUGAAAACACCGAUAUUGCGCAGUCGGUGGUUGCCAAGGGUAUCGAGAGCGAAUAUGUCGAAAUGAAGUCCAAGGAAAAAUACGCGGAUCAGUCAUUUAAACAUGAUAACGCACACAAUGGUUUAGCCUUUGUAGAGUACGAAGGAGCGGGCGAUAUGCGCGUUGAAGCGAUUAAAGAUCUUCUCAGCCCACUUGGUGUCACGGUGGUCCACGUGUAUCAAAAGAAGGGGCAUGGCAAAGGCGUGGUACAGUUGGAAGGCCUCUGGGUCGAAGAGUUCUUGGCAAAGUUGGACGAUAAUAAGCUAGGCGAAUUGACAUUUGAAGCAGCGGAUGAUGAAGGACGUAAUGCAUGCCGUGAUGAUAAGCAACAAUUGAUCAAGAGACUUAAAGCAAGAAGUGGUGGUAGAGGCGGCCGAAGUAAAUUUAAUAACAACCAUCGUCGAAAGAAACAAAAGACCGACUAA